AGCCUGGACUUAGCUACAGCCAGGAAGAGGCGUUGCUGUCGCUGCCUUCUAGUCUCCGGCGCCCGACCCCUCCCAGGACCCGUGAUGCCAAGGCCCCAGCGGGGGACGAGGAAGAGUCCGGGUUGAGCCCCAGCUGAGUCGAGGGCUCGCGCUCUAGUCUCCCAGGCCCGCCCCACCUAAAGAAAUGAGUGGUGGAUUGGCCCCAAGUAAAAGCACAGUGUAUGUAUCCAACUUGCCCUUUUCCCUAACCAACAAUGACUUAUACCGGAUAUUUUCCAAGUAUGGCAAAGUUGUAAAGGUUACUAUAAUGAAAGAUAAAGAUACCAGGAAGAGUAAAGGGGUUGCAUUUAUUUUAUUUUUGGAUAAAGACUCUGCACAAAACUGUACCAGGGCAAUAAACAACAAACAGUUAUUUGGUAGAGUGAUAAAAGCAAGCAUUGCUAUCGACAAUGGAAGAGCAGCUGAGUUCAUCCGAAGACGAAACUACUUUGACAAAUCUAAGUGUUAUGAAUGUGGGGAAAGCGGACACUUAAGUUAUGCCUGUCCUAAAAAUAUGCUUGGAGAACGGGAACCUCCAAAGAAGAAAGAGAAAAAGAAAAAAAAGAAAAUUCCUGAACCAGAAGAAGAAAUUGAAGAAGUAGAAGAAAGUGAAGAUGAAGGGGAAGAUCCUGCUCUUGACAGUCUUAGUCAGGCCAUAGCUUUCCAGCAAGCCAAAAUUGAAGAAGAACAGAAAAAAUGGAAACCCAGUUCAGGGGGUCCCUCAACAUCAGAUGAUUCAAGACGUCCAAGGAUAAAGAAGAGCGCGUAUUUCAGUGAUGAGGAAGAACUGAGUGAUUAAAAUUAUAUUUAUUAUGUAAAUAUCAUUAAAAUUUUUUUAAAAAUCUUGGUGUACCAAGUUCAGUUGGGAUUAAAGAUUACUUUGAGAAUUUGAGCAUAAAGAACACUUAAUACCAAAUAAUUUUUUUACUAUAGAAUAGGUUCAUAGGAAAUUGAAAAUAAUUUUAAAGUAUCAUGUUUCUAUCUUGCCUUAGAGUAAUAAAAAUCAAGAUUUGCUAGUAACCAUUAAUCUUGAAAACAGUUCAUUUGAAUUAAAAAGAAAUCUUAAUACUAUUGCCGUUGUCAUUCUAAGAAAAAAAGACUGAUAUUAAAAAGAUGUUUCUGAGAAACUCAUUAUAAAAGUUUAUUCAUGUCUGAUUGAUUGGUUUACAUGAAGACAUAUGAAGUAAAUUCCAUUUUUUAAGACAAAAACUUCAUGAAGGCUGUGGAAAAUACUGAUUGAUUUAUUGUUAUUCAAUGUUAAUAAAAUUUUCAAGAGAAUUUUGUUUUUAAA